AACUCUGAUAAGCUAUAAAGUAAGGUAUAUAGCACAGUUCCUUUAGCGCUCUCAACCAGUGUGAACCGUCAACGUGAGUUGAGUCAACCAAAGUUAACUGACCAUUUGAUAACCGGAUAAAGCAAAGGAAACUUUUCGUCCUGAAUUGAAAAGUAUAUUCAAAACACAUUGUUUAAAAUUAUCGCCGGCCGGCAUUCCUUCACACGAACUUAUUAUUACUUCGUCGAAGAUCAUCGACAAUAUGUAUGGACUGGAGUCGAACGUAGUGCCUGACGCGUCAGUGUAUGUACAGGAAUCGCUUUUAGAGGAACAAUCGUUGUUCGACCCGCCGUUUAACGACGCCUACAAACCCGUCAAACCAAGUCAAAAAAAUGACUCAUUUUAUGGCAAGAAAAGGUCUCUUGAAGCCGAGCUUGAGGAACCCGCAGCCAAGCGUCCGUUUGUUCCGACCAAUGACUACCUUGAAAGAAGCACUCCGUCACCCGCGCCACCACAAAACCUUGCGCACGAUCGUCGAGUGAUCGUCCCGGCAGAUCCCAUGAAUUGGACAAAGGAAAAUGUUCAGCAAUGGAUCCUGUGGGCCAUCAAGGAGUUCAGUCUUAAAGACAUUGACGUGGACAAAUUUGACAUGGACGGCCGAGAUCUUUGCCGUUUGACCCGAGAAGACUUUAUGAAACUCGCGCCCGCAUACAAUGGAGACAUACUUAUGGCUCAUCUUUGUGUUUURAGAAAAACACCCUUGCCAAACCUAACUUCAGACGAUAUUGAUCGCGCAUUGGCACCAGCCUCUACUCAAGGGCCGGCUUACGUUCCCGCGUCAUCUGUGUACGAUUCAAGACAACAUCCAGUAAUUACAAGCAAUCCUAAUGCCCUUAGGGGUCCUGAGUUUGGACAAUCACCGCGUUAUACUGGAAGUGAAGCUUAUGAUAGAACCACUCCAACUAGCUGGACAUCAUCUCAACAAACACCCAGACUGUCCCACCUCAAGGAURGUGUAGUUCCAAAUAAACAACUCUCUGAUACACAACUUCAGAGUUCGUUCUCGGCUAGUUCUCUUGGACACCGACCGGAUACACCAGCAACGGGAAGCGGCCAAAUUCAAUUGUGGCAGUUCUUGUUGGAGUUAUUAUCGGAUCCUAAAAAUGCCAACUGUAUUGUYUGGGAAGGUACUAAUGGGGAAUUCAAACUCACUGAUCCYGAUGAAGUUGCUCGUCGCUGGGGAGAACGAAAGAACAAACCAAACAUGAACUAUGAUAAACUAAGCCGUGCUUUACGGUAUUAUUACGAUAAAAGUAUCAUGACAAAGAUCCACGGCAAGCGUUAUGCCUACAAGUACGACUUCCAAGGACUCGCUCAGCUCAAUCAACCGAUCACUUCUGAUGCUCAAGCACACGCUCAAGCUGCAUAUAAAUUUUCUGGAUCAGAAUUCUACGCCGGUUUUCCUGGAGCCCCUUCAUUGUAUGCGCAUCCUGGUGCUAACCCUUGUUUCCAAAUGCCCUAUUGGGCAAGAGCACCCCCGGCCUACACCCAGUCAAGAACAAUGUACCCUUCGCCGAUGGCCUCGGGCAUGGGAAUGACAUACUACGCCUAGAUAUCAAAUUUUUACAGAGACAAUUUAUAGAUAGUUUAUAUAAAUUAUAUAUAUAUAUGUACACUUACAAAUUGUUAUAUUUAUUUACGCAUUCAAGGUUAAAUGCAGAUAGUACUAUUAAUUGUACUGUAUAUUUUUAUUCGUCACCAUCAAAAAAUAUAUUUUUAUAGUUAAGUCUACACGAGUGUAAGCAGUUUCCUAUUUCACGGUGGAUUGCGAGGCAAAUAAUUCUUAUUCUAUUCCGGUUUCUGUUGUGUACUCUUCACAAAGAAUAUUUAUUGUUUGGGUAAACCGGGUCRAGAUAAUUUAUACAAAGAGAUGUAUGGUAUUAGCCAUAUUUUAUUAAAAAGCUGUAAAUAAAAUGACUUUUACUGAUCAA